GAAUUGAUUGUGAGCGAAAUUGGGAAAGGAGAACAUGCGCGUCACCCAUGUGAGCUGGGCAAAAACUGCAUCGUGGUAGUGACAAACAAGCCUCUUGGUGCACGGCCUCUUUCUCUCCUUGCAAAUCAACACGCAAAAUUUUACGCAAAUUAGGGACCUUCGUAGAAUAAUUGUUAUUAUAGUAUAAGGUGUCCGCAGAUAGCAAUGAGCCAGCACGACGACCGCCUCCGUGGAGGUGGCAGACCACCAUUGACCAGAUCUUCAGCCGUCAACCCAAACGACCACCCCUUGAACAACCGGCCAAACUCUUCGCACAACCAGAUCUUCCCGAAAAACUCUGAAUCGACUAACAAUUCUUUUUACGAAAACAAUCAGAUAAAGUGGGCGACAGAAUUACACCAAAAGAAAGAUAUAAGUGGCGAUAAUGCAGGAUUAAGUUCGGUUUGGCAAGGUCUGCACUCGCUUUGGGUCAACAGCAACCCUUCGCUGCCUGUCGAUUCUAAGGAGGAGAAUAUGCCAAUUGCUCAGAGGAACUCAUGGAUUAGGCGAGGGGUGCGGCGCCUCUUAUUCCGGCAAAACGCACAGCAGCACGACGAGGAAGCUCUUCAGGAAAUGCUCAGGGUGAAGGGCAAUGCCUCAACCAACGCGGACUCGAAGUUCACGGGCGAGGUUUGCCUCCUGCAGGACAGCCCUUUCCGAAUUAUCAGGGCGGCGGAAAGCGGGAAUGUCGAAGAAUUCUCUCGACUAUUUUUCACCGACCCGAACCGCAUCAACGUCCGCGACUCGAAAGGUCGCACGGCCAUCCACCAGGCCGCGGCCCGAAAUCAAGUCCCUAUUUUGCAAUUUAUCCUGACGAACCACUCUGAUCUCAAUAUGAUAGACACUUCGGGAAACACGCCUUUGCAUCUGGCGGUGGAAAACACGGCGCUCGAGGCCGUCGAUUUUCUCCUCACAAAUGGUGCGGACGCGUCCAUCCUGAAUUUGAAGAACCAGGCGCCGAUUCAUUUGGCCACGGUGCUAAAUUUGGUCACCGUUUUGGAAUCGAUGUCGCGGCACCGCGACAAAUUUGACGUCCAGCAAGGUGGCGAGCACGGACGCACUGCACUCCACAUCGCAGCCAUCCACGACUUUGACGAAUGCGCCAGAAUUUUGAUUACGCAGUUUGGCGCGGUGCCGCGCAAACCGUGCAACAAUGGCUACUACCCUAUUCAUGAAGCAGCGAAAAACGCCUCGUCAAAAACCAUGGAGGUUUUUCUGCAAUGGGGCGAAGCUCGCGGUUGUUCUCGAGAGGAAAUGAUCUCUUUCUUUGAUUCCGAGGGCAACGUGCCCCUCCACUCCGCAGUCCACGGAGGAGAUAUAAAGGCGGUGGAGUUGUGUUUGCGAUCAGGAGCAAAAAUUUCUACACAGCAACACGAUCUGAGCACCCCUGUGCACUUGGCGUGUGCCCAGGGAGCGACCGAAAUCGUCCGACUAAUGUUCAAAAUGCAGCCUGGAGAGAAGGCGCAGUGCCUAAGUUCGUGCGACGUCCAAAAAAUGACUCCGUUGCAUUGCGCAGCCAUGUUUGAUCACCCAGAAAUCGUCGAAUUUUUAAUUGAGGAGGGGGCUGAUAUGAAUGUGGUGGACAAAGAGCGCCGAUCUCCACUUUUAUUAGCAGCUUCGAAGAGUGGUUGGCGCACAGUUAAAACUUUGACGCACUUUGGCGCCAACAUUCACAUUAAGGAUUCCAGUCUGAGAAAUGUUUUGCAUCUGAUUGUCAUGAACGGAGGAAAACUGGAAGAAUUUGCCUCCUUGGUGUGCAGGACGCAGUCUCCGCAGCAGUUCGAGUUGCUGCUGAACGAGCGUGACAUGUCAGGGUGUUCACCCCUGCACUACGCGAGCCGCGAAGGUCAAAUUCGUUCGCUGCAGAAUCUAAUCACUCUCGGUGCUUGCGUCAGCGUUAAGAACAACAAGAACGAAAGCCCGCUUCAUUUUGCGGCGCGCUACGGAAGGUACAACACAAUAAAGGAGCUGCUCGACUCAGAGCGCAGCGCUUUUAUCAUUAACGAAAGCGACGGCGAUGGAUUAACACCUUUGCACAUCGCCUCGCAGCAAGGGCACACUCGUGUUGUGCAAUUACUGUUGAGCAGAGGCGCACUUCUUCACAGGGACCACUUAGGUCGCACGCCACUUCACCUUGCAGCCUCGAACGGCUACACACAGACGAUGGAACUUCUGCACUCGGUCCAUUCGCAUCUGCUUGACCAGGCCGACAAAGAUGGGAAUACUGCUCUGCAUUUGGCCACCAUGGAAAAUAGGCACAAUGCCAUUUCUUUAUUGCUCUCCCUCGGCUGCAAACUGCUCUACAAUAAUUCUGAUUUGAGCGCAAUUGAUUACGCUAUUUACUUCAAAUUUCCGGAGGCUGCUCUUGCAAUGGUCACACAUUCAGAAAGAGCGGCUGAAGUCAUGGCUCUGAAAUCAGACAAGCACCCUUGCGUAACGCUCGCCCUGAUCGCUUCGAUGCCGAAAGUUUUUGAGGCCGUGCAGGAUGGAUGCAUCACAAAAGCAAAUUGCAAGAAAGACUCAAAAUCAUUCUACAUCCGCUACUGUUUCAGUUGUCUUCAAUGUGCAUACGUAAGUUCAAACUCGGAUCAAAAAUCAAGAGAAAUGAUGUCGGGGGCAAAGCCAAACCCGUUGCCCGCCCUCAACGCCAUGGUGACUCACGGUCGCGUGGAGCUGCUGGCACAUCCUCUUAGCCAAAAGUACUUGCAAAUGAAGUGGAACUCGUACGGCAAAUACUUCCACCUAGCCAAUUUGCUCCUCUACACAGUUUUUCUGACCUUCGUGACCAGCUUUGUAACAAAACUCAUGUCACGGCCAUUCGUGUUCGCGCCCAGCCAGAGCGCAGCCGAUCUCAACUUUUCUCUACCGGCCGAACAGAGUUUUGGAGAAGUGGAGGAUAAAGAUGCGACAUUUGUUAUUUGCGGCAUUUGUAUUCUCGUGUACAUUGCCAUCAACGGGAUACGAGAAGGAAUGCAAAUGUACCAGCAGCGUUUGCACUACCUGCUCGACCCCUUCAACAUUGUCUCCUGGAUGCUCUAUAUUUCGGCCGUGGCCAUGGUGCUGCCGAUUUUCGACCCCAACCUUGAACCAAUUCAGUACUCUUGUGCCUCAAUAACGGCAUUUCUCGCCUGGUUCAAUCUCCUCCUCUACCUUCAAAGAUUUGACCAAGUUGGAAUAUACGUGGUAAUGUUUUUGGAGAUUUUGCAAACAUUGAUCAAAGUGCUGUUCGUGUUCUCGAUCCUCAUUAUUGCUUUUGGGCUUUCCCUGUACAUUCUGCUCUCACGAGGAAAUCAUCAAGCUUUUGAGACCGUUCCAAUGUCACUGAUGCGCACUUUUGCUAUGAUGCUCGGCGAAAUUGACUUCUUGAACACCUACGUGCACUCUUACAACCAAAAGGGCGACAGUGAUCGCACCCUGCCAUUCCCAGCGGUCACUUUCGUUAUAUUGGGCAUAUUCAUGGUGUUCAUGCCCAUCCUGCUGAUGAACCUUCUUAUUGGUUUGGCUGUCGGAGAUAUCGAGUCGGUGCGCAGAAAUGCCCAGCUUAAGCGUCUGGCUAUGCAGGUCAUUUUGCAUUCCGAGUUGGAACGAAAAUUGCCACGGAUGCUUUUGGAGCGAAUUGAUAAAAUGGAAGUAAUUGAAUAUCCAAAUGACUCAAAAUGCAAGGGGAACAUAAUUGAUCGCAUUUUCCGUCAGUGGUUUUUCAACCCUUUUACUGAUGAAUUGGCCGUAAAAUCAGACGGUCGAAAUGAUUAUCGCUUAACUGGAGCGCAACCUGAUCGCACGAUGCAGCAUUUUAAAAAGAGUCUUCAGUCUGACACUCCCAUUGAUGAUGAUGUGUUGGAGGAAUUAGACUCACAAAAGCGGUUGAUGAAGGACGUGCUGGCCAAGUUAGAUUCGCAGCAAUAUCUUCUACGUUUGGUCCUUCAAAAAAUGGAAAUAAAAACGGAAGCUGACGAUAUUGACGAAGGAGUGUCGCCUCGAGUUUUUAAAUCUGAUGGGACUUUGGUGCGCUGGACGUCGCCUCGAUUCAACAAAAAAUAUAGAAUGUGUAGCAUGAAUAGAUCUUAUGAAUAAGCUAUCUGGUUUUUCUAAUCUGUUCUUGUCUGCUUUAAAAUUAUUAUAUAUUUAAUCUCGUAAAAUUCAAAAAUUUAAUUUUCACGCCAACAUUGUUUUUAGUAAAACUUUACAAUAUUGUAACCUCAACAAUUUCUAAUCGCUUAUUGCUUAUUAUACGUCAUAAUUGGCUGCAAUAAAUGUACUAA